AUGCCGGUGUUCAACCGUUUACCCGCGCAGGGCUGGCGGCCGGGGCAGCCGGCGGGGGGGGGGCGGCGAGGCAGGAGACGCGCGCGCUCGCAGCGCCCCGGACCCGAGGCGCCCGCGCCGUCUCCUCCCGCCGCGCGCUCGCCCUCCCCCACCGCCGCACCGCACCCGGCCACACACCAGAGCGCGCCCGCGCCGACUGAAUGCCGUGUGCCACCGUCGCGGCCGCCGCCGUCGCCGCCGCUGCCGCUGUCGCCGGCGCUGCCGCCGGCGCCGCGGCGGCGACGUCAGCAGCGGCAGCCCUCAUGUGAGGCAGCCGCGCCUCCCAUUCCCACUGCCAGCACUGGAAACGCAGCUCGUAGCAGGAAAACAUUAAUGUUUUCAGACGAGAUGGGCAAAUCUUUAGGCUCUUUAAUUACUCAGUGUUCGAGUAAAAAAGUAAUAAAUAAUUGCUACGUAAAUUUGAAUUUCAAGGAAAUCGUAAACAAAAUUACUUUAGAUCAAUUAGAUGACUGCACCACUGUUGUCAUUAUGGUGGGCAACCAUGCGCAUUUAAAGAGAUUUAAAAAACUAGUUAGUUCGACAAAAGAUACUCCUAACGCUGACAUUGUCAUUGGACAAAACAAGAGUCCUAGCGCACAUGAACCAGUCGAAGGGCCUGUACUUGCUAGUGGUACCCCGAUGGGACAAAGCUUUUGGCGGCCGGACAUCAAGAGACGGGCGAUAGCAGCCCCAUAUACAAUACAGGAUCUCAAGACGGUGUUCAUCAACACUGCCACGCAUCGCCCACCUCCAAAAGUACACGAGCUGGAGCUAGAGAUUUGGAAAUGUGGGGGUGAGAUAAAGCCCUAA